CACCCUCUUUCUAUUACAUUUCCAACAUUGAUAUUAUUUUGCUUUCAUUUUCUUCCGAUCCAAACAAGUGAUUGAAUAUUACUGAUGGCGAGGUCGCCGAGUUCUUAUGAGAGCGGGAUAAAGAAGGGGCCAUGGACACCAGAAGAAGACCGAAAGCUUGUCGAUUACAUUGGGAAAAACGGCCAUGGAAGCUGGAGAGCUCUACCAAAGCUUGCAGGUUUGAAUCGAUGUGGAAAGAGUUGUCGUCUUCGAUGGACGAAUUAUUUACGACCUGACAUCAAGAGAGGACGAUUCUCAGAAGAAGAAGAACAAAUGAUCAUCAACCUUCAUGCAGUUCUUGGAAACAAGUGGUCUGCAAUUGCAACGCGUCUUCCAGGGAGAACUGAUAAUGAAAUCAAGAACUUCUGGAAUACCCAUCUGAAGAAAAAGCUUUUGCAAAUGGGAAUUGAUCCAGUCACUCACAGGCCAAGAACCGAUCUCAAUAUUCUUACAAAUCUGCCACAGCUACUUGCUGCUGCAAACUUGAGCAACUUCAUCAAUGGUCCUCUUAAUAAUUCGUUGAGGUUACAGUCAGUACAGUGGUUGCAGAACAUUCUUCAAGUUCUUUGUCCUCCUCCGAACCUGGAAGUUCUCAAUCUUCUUGGCUCAUCUAUACGCGAAAAUCAGAUAAGCGAGUUGCUUAGGAUGAAUUCUUCUCAGUUCGAAGCAAAUGCCAAUGGCUUGUUCGGUUUUGCUUCACAAGAACAAAAUCAAAUGCUUUCAAAUUUAGUUAACUUGGAAGCACAAGCUCUUGGUAGUUCUUCGUAUGUGAAUCCAAUUACUUCAAAUCAAUUACCGGCAUUAGUUUCAGCCUCGCCGCAGGAAUGUUCAACGAUGAACCAAACCGAAAUGAAGAUGAACACAAAUGACAUAUCUGAUCCUUCAUCAAAUUCCACCACUUUUGAAGCUUGGGGAGAACUUAUGGACGAUGAAGCAACUCACUCCUACUGGAAAGAGUUUAUAGACCAAGCACCUUCACAGCCAUGGCCAAAUUCAGAUAUAUAAAUACAAAUAUGGAAUUUGUAUAUGUAUAAAUAGACAGUUUGUUAAAUUAUAUGUGAGUUUGUUUACACUUUAUUUAAUUAUAGGUAAAAUAUUGUAAAAUAAUUGGGGGAUUUGUUAUACUGCUAUUGACUGAUAUCGAUUGUAAUUAUUUAAAUCAAAUUAAUUUGUUUCA